AUGGUGAAUGUUACUAUUGGUGCAUCAGUAAAACGUCGAGACAUGUUAAGAGAGAAACAUAGUGCCAACACUUUUGAAGCUCUGAAUAAUGGUGAGUUGUCAAGUGGAAGAGGAUUAAAUCAGGAAACAAUGAUUAAACGACCAGGAGAUACACGGUGGGGAUCACACUACAUCACUUUGGUGAGAUGUAUUUCAAUGUUCUCAUCAAUUUGUGAGGUACUUGAGAUAAUCAUAGACGAUGGAUCAAAUUCUGAACAAAAAUAUGAAGCAAAGAGAAAAGAUCAGGAUUUUGUAAAUGCAAUGAAUUUGGUCAAGAUUUGUAAAGUAAAAUUACAGUCAAUGAGAGAGUCAGGAUGGCAAUCAUUGUUGGAUGAAGUUUCAAAUUUUUGUAAUAAGCAUGUUAUUGACAUGCAACUUCAAGAGUUAAAUAAUCGUUUUACUGAGAAAAGCACUGAGUUGCUUCUUUGUGUGGCAUGUCUCAAUCCAAGCAACUCAUUUACUGCUUUUGACAGACAAAAGCUUAUUUGCCUUGCACAAUUUUAUCCUAGAGAUCUUUCAACUACGGAGCUUCUUAUUCUUGAAGAUCAACUUCAAAAUUACAUCAUUGAUGUGUGUUCAGAUAAUAUGUUUGUUGGGUUAACAAGUAUUGGUGAUCUUUCUCAAAAAAAUGGUGAUAACUUUCUCAAAAAAUGGUGA